UCCAGCCAUCGACGAAACUUCAAAGCUCAGUCCACACUUUACAACCGUCGGAUUUAUGUUUUUAUACCGAGUGAUGCUGUGAGGGAAAGCAGCGCACGUUUCUGCGGGUGAAACUCUAGACCUUUGCGGGAAGAUGAGCUUCAGUUCGUAGCCGACGGUUCACCACUAGAGCUUCUCUGUUCUCCUGUUUGUUGAAGUGUGCCUGUCAAUUCAGUCAUGGCUCGCGGCUGCAUCUGCUGCGUGAAAUACAUGCUCUUUCUCUUCAACCUGCUCUUCUGGCUGGGUGGGUGCGGGUUGCUCGGUGUCGGCGUGUGGCUGUCGGUUUCUCAGGGCAGCUUCGCCACCCUGUCGCCCUCCUUCCCUUCGCUCUCCGCCGCCAACCUCAUCAUCACACUCGGCACCGUUGUCAUGGUAACGGGCUUCCUGGGCUGCCUGGGUGCCAUCAAGGAGAACAAGUGCCUGCUGCUGAGCUUCUUCAUCGUUCUGUUGAUCAUCCUCUUGGCCGAGCUUAUCCUCCUCAUCCUGUUUUUCGUCUACACCGACAAGGUGAGCGAAAACGCCAGACGGGACUUGAAGGAAGGGUUGGUGCUGUACUACACGGAUAACAACGCGGGCCUGAAGGAUGCGUGGAACACCAUCCAGGGAGAGUGGAGGUGUUGUGGAGUGAUGAACCACAACGACUGGUACACCGCCCUGCAGGAUCACGUUGUUCCCGACCGCUGCUGCCAGCAGAUUUACCCGGGCUGCGGCCGCAACGCCUCCAAUGCCUUCUGGACACGGGGUUGCUAUGAGAAGGUGGAGGAGUGGCUGGAUGACAACAAACACCUUCUGGGAACCAUCGCUAUGUGUGUGUUGGUCAUACAGCUCCUGGGUAUGGCUUUCUCUAUGACGCUUUACCAACAGAUCCACCGGGCAGGGAAGAAGUAUGAAGCCUGAUGGUCGUUUCAAACUGUUUAAUAUCGGGUACAUAAAAUAUAUCACCUCUGUCAUGCCUGUUACUCUUACCUAUUGUUUAUAGUCAGAAUAAGUCAGUUAUUGUGUGUGCCACUACAGCCUUUUUAUAAUGUUUUCAUCAGUUAUUGUUGUGAAUAGCAUUGGAACUAGUUUUUCUUAUGGUUGAAUUGUUUUUGUUUUUUUUUAAUCACACUAUAAUGAGUGUUUUCAUGUGAAAUGUCAGACUGAAGAUUUGGUCAAAACGACCGAGAAGAAGCACGAAGAGAAAACGUUUUGGUUUUUACGUGACGCCUGUGGAAUUAUAUAAUGUAAAGAUCCAUUUAGAUGAAACAAGCAUUGUGUACUAACAUGAUCAAUAAAAGCAGAGUGCACUCUU